GAAGAAGAGCGCAAGCGACAUUAGACAGUGCUGAUCGGAAAAGCUCCCCAUUGUUUCUACAGCUGACUGAAAGACAGGGUUGAAGAACAGAGAAGCGAUGGCUACACAGACGCAACUUGUAUCAGCGUGUGCUGUAUCCUUUGUCACUGGCAUCAUCCUUUCUAACUGGUUGCCAAUUGGGUCCCAUCGCCAGAGGCAUCGCAGGGCAAGGAACCGCAAGAAGGGGACGUCCGCAACGACGAGUGGCUCUUCGACGUCUACGACGCCGACGUCUGAGACCUCUGAGAACUCGGACGACGAUGAAGGAAGCGUGUAUUCGUCUGAUUUGGAAGAGUCUGAAGAGGAAGACUUCCAAGUGGACUCCAGUGCACUCAACGAUAUACCUGGUGAGACCAGAAUGGCACUCAUCGUCAGAACAGAUCUGGGAAUGGGUAAAGGUAAGGCAGCAGCACAGUGUGCACAUGCUGCGCUUGGCUGCUACAGACUGAUGGAGCUGGACGGUGCCGAAUCUCAGAACUUAACCAUGCUGAAAAGAUGGGAAAGAACCGGGCAGGCGAAGAUUACACUCCAGGUCAAGAGCAAAGAAGAUAUGGAUCUGCUCUAUGCAAGGGCAAUAAGUUUGAACAUCAACGCCUAUAUAGUCCACGACGCUGGAAGAACACAGAUCGAAGCUGGAUCAGCUACAGUUCUUGGGUUGGGCCCAGCACCAAAGGUUGUCAUGGAUCAAGUCACUGGCGAGUUGAAAUUGUACUAGUAACAGUUUACCAUAUUCAUCAUCUCCACAGCUUUUCCUCUAUAACCCUUGUGUCUUGGACCACCACUCUUAAAUACUUGGACCUACAAAUAGCAUAUAUCCCCAUUAUUGCCUUUUUAU